UGUCAGGCCAUCACAACGCUAAACCCACUCCAGCUACUCUCCCUCACUUCGCUUCACCUCACCACGCUAACCCGCAAACUGUCAGUCCCCACAAUUAAACAUUUGGAAAGUGACAACGUCGCAACAUUUAUAGUCCGUUCCUGAGGCCAGUCUGGUUAUUGUGAGGUGAGCAGCAGUCGGGUUAUAUAUAAUCUAAGCUCCCUAUAUAACUUCAUUGUUCACCACCCUCAAUGACCACGACGCUGUCCAAUCUCUAAUCGCCAGCAAAGGUGCCACAUCACCGCCAACACCACCAGGUCUCUUAAUUGGCCGCACCACACCACCUCGACUCGCCCUGCCAGACGGACCAGUUCUGUCUAUCUAGCCAUCAUGAAGCUCUCCCUCGCCUUCUCCGUCGUCGCCUGCGCUGUCACCUUGGUGGCCGCAUGGAGCAAAGAAGACCAAGAAAUCUUCCGCCUCCGCGACGAAAUCGCCCUCUCCGAAGGCCCCGAAGUAACCUUCUACGACUUCCUCAACCUCAAGCAAAACGCCAACCACGACGAGAUAACCAAAGCCUACAAAAAGCGCUCCCUCGCCCUUCACCCCGACAAGGUAAAGCAGAAGUUCAUCGCUUCCCGCACCAAAUCCACCGACAAGUCCAAGAAACCCGCCGGCCGCCCUUCAAACGCUGAAAUCAAUGCCGCCGCUAAAGCCGCCUCAGACCGCUUCGCGCGCCUGGGUCUCGUUCAGAAACUCUUGAAAGGGCCGGAGCGCGCGCGCUACGAUCAUUUCCUCGCUAAUGGCUUCCCCGUCUGGAAGGGGACUGGAUACUACUACGCGCGUUUUCGCCCUGGCUUCGGCACUGUGCUUCUGGGAUUGUUCAUCUUCGUCGGCGGCGCGGGACACUACUUCGCCUUGUACCUCGGCUGGAAGAGACAGCAGGAAUUCGUAGGCCGCUAUGUUAAGUUCGCGCGCCGCGCGGCGGGGAGCGCGAAUCUCACCAUCCCCGGUAUUGAUGCAGGCGCCGAGACACCACCGGCGACGGAUAGCGAUGCGGAGGCUGCUAUGCAACCUAUGAACCGUAGGCAGAGACGCAUGCAGGAGAAGGAUUCGCGCAAGGAGAAGCCGGAGAAGAAGGUUAAGGCGCCUAAGGCGAAGGUUUCCCCAGCUGAUACGCCGACUGGUGUUACGGGGCCGAAGAAGCGCGUUGUGGCUGAGAAUGGGAAGAUCCUCGUUGUUGAUGCUGUGGGAAAUGUGUAUCUCGAGCAGCGUAAUGAUGAUGGUGAGAUGCAGGAGCUUUUGCUUGAUCCUGCUGAGCUCCAAUCCCCCCGCCUCCGCGACACAGCCCUCAUCCGCCUCCCCGUCUGGAUCUACGCCAAGACCGCAGGCCGCUUCCUCUCCCCCGCCCCCGCCGCGGACUCCGACUCCGACUACGACGAGGGCGACGACUUCACGUCUGAGAACGACACUGCCGGCGAGACGAGCGGUGCUACGCGCUCUAGGGGUGUGAAGAAGGUGCGCGGCAGGAAGGGUGGACGGAAAUAGACGGAUGUGAGAUGUCUGUUUUUCCGCUUCGCUGUUGUUGGGUGUUUUUAAGUGUAGGCUUUGGGUGGUGGUGGUGGAGGGAAAUGGUUGAAGGGUGGGGGAGGGGAUUCGAGUGUAAAUAGGGGGAAAAAGAUGGAUAAAA